UGAGGGCGUAGGAACCAUUGUACCAACUAGUGUUUCUUCUCGGAAUGUAAUUUCAGAUGGCCAAAUCGGACAAAUCAAAAGCGUAGGCUCUCUGUUCGUUAACGACAUAUGAAGACCAAAUCUGAAGCGAGAUUUCUUUGAAACAGUCUGGCAACGUUUGCUGCAACACUGAAGAGUGAGUCCUCGUUUAUUCAUCCUUGUCAAGAGUGUGACAGAAUAUGAGCAAAGAGUUCAGAAUGAGGGCGACAGUAAACCAGAAGCUGACAGAGAUGGGCGAACGUGAGAGACUGAAGGAGUUACUGAGAGUUAAGCUCACUGAGUGUGGAUGGAAGGACCAGAUGAAAGCUCACUGCAAAGAAGUAAUCAAAGAAAAAGGCUUGGAGCAUGUCACUGUGGAGGACCUGGUGGUGGAGAUCACUCCUAAAGGAAGAGCCUUGGUGCCAGACAGUGUCAAGAAAGAGCUUCUCCAGAGAAUACGCGCCUUUUUAGCUCAGCAUGCCACAUAAUUUUUAUUUUUACCAUUUUAACAUGUCAUUAGACCACUUGCCUAUACUUUCAUUAGAAUAUUUUAAUAAAUUGAUUUACUUAAAUUCUCAGUGACAUUAAGUACUGACACACACUUUGCUGUUUGAUUGUGUGUUGUUACCUGCAGUUAUCACUUAUUUGUAAAUGCACUUACUCUGAACAUUCAGUUGACCUUUGUAUAUAAGAAAUAAAAUUUUUGAUUUAUUUGA